AUGGCUACGGUGGACUUCAAGACACUCACAACGCCGGUGGGCAUUUUAAGGAUACUGGCAGUGGUCUUAACCUGCAUCUCCUUCAGCCUGGUGGCAUCACUGGGCCACAUUACUGUGUCCUUCUGGGUCUGGUGCAUGUUCAGCUGGUGUUUCUGCUUCUGCAUCACGUUCCUCGUGCUCCUCCUGGAACUGACAACUCUAAAUACAAAACUGCCCAUCUCCUGGGAUGACUUCACUGCUGCAUUUGCCAUGUUGGCUACCCUGAUGAUGUUCACAGCAGCUGUUAUCUAUCCAUAUUUCUUCGUCUGCUCUAGCUGCGGCAGAGGUAUCGGUGCCAGUGUCACUACCUGCUUGGCCUUCAUCCUCUACGCCGUUGAGGUGGGGCUAACCCGGGCCAAACCUGGUGAGAUCAGUGGAUUCCUUUCCACAGUCCCAGGCCUCCUCAAGGUUUUAGAGGCCUUUGUGGCCUGCAUCAUCUUCAUCUGCUUGGACUUCACCUUUUACUCUAGCUUCCCGGGGCUCCAGUGGUGUGUUGCCGUCUACUCCAUCUGCUUCAUUUUUGCCCUCCUUGUUAUCAUUUUUACCAUCGGCCGCCUGCUGUCUCUCUUCCCUCUGCCCUUCGACAAAGUCUUGACGGUGUGCAAUGUGCUGGCAGUGCUGAUGUACUUCACAGCUGUGGUCAUUUGGCCAUUUUACAGCUUUAGGAACAAUAUAGGCAACAAUUUUUCCAUAGUCAUUACUGCGAUGACCUGCUUGAACCUCAUUGCUUACAUAGUGGAUACAGUUUACUCGUUUAAGCUCGUCUUCUUCGUCAGCAGAACAUAG